AGAACACUUUUACAUGUGAGAAAAGUCCUAUGUCUACUUCAAAACAUUCAUUAUUAGGGGUACCUAAAUCAAGAAACAACAGUUUCCACUAUAUUGCAAGGUCUAAAAUUUUAUGGGAUAUUUUUUUCUGAUUGGUUUGCUCGUGGGUUUUCUUGAAGGGGAGAAAGUUCAUUUUUUCUGCAAGUUUAUCAGAAAAAACUGGACCCUUUAAUUUGUUUAGUACGUAGUAAAGUUGGAAUUUUUGCUAGAAUUUUGGGGUAAAAAAUUUGAUGGGAUAUUUUGUCUGGUUGGUUUGCUCUUGAAUUUUCCUGAAGGAAUCAAUUGGUGAUCUCUAAGGGAAAUUUUUUUUUUUUUUUGUGCAAAUUUAUCAGAUAAAAGGUGGACCCUUUACUUUGUUAAGUAGUAAAGUUGGCAUUUUUUCUUGUAUUUUGGGGUGAAUAAAUGGCGUGUGAGGGUAGCUAUAUGUGGAGUUUGAGUGGUAUUGUGGCAGCUUUUGUUGAUCUAGCUAUAGCAUAUUUCUUGCUUUGUGCAGCAACAGUAGCUUAUUUAGCAUCAAAGUUUCUUGGUUUUUUUGGUUUAAGAUUGCCAUGUCCUUGUGAUGGUCUUUUUGGUAAUGGAAAUUUAUGUUUUCAUAGACUCUUGAUUGAUUUCCCAGCUGAAAAAGUGUCUAAUGUUCAACUUUCUGUAAAAGCAAAUUUCCCUUUUAAUGAUACCAUGUGGGGAAAGGAACAGAAUUGUAAUUUGAAUUGGAGAUUAAUUGGCGAAAGGGAGAAUAGUCCUAAUAGGUAUCUUGAAAUGGGUGAUGAGGCUUCAUGUAGUUCAGUAUCAGAUGCAAGAAAGUCACAUAAUAAUAUUGCUAGGAUUGAGUUAAGUCCAAGGAAUGAAUUUGGGGCAGUAAAUUCAUCAGGUGUGAGUGGAGGAAGGCUUGGGAUAAAGGGGAAAGGGGUGAUGAAUCUGAAACAAAGAGGAGGGAUUCGUCGAAGAAGGCGUAAAGCAGCUGUUGAUUUUGGGAGAUUUUCAUCAGUUUCAUCAUAUGAUCCUCCAUGUGAAGAGUUUCCGCUUGCUCCUCCAUCUCCGCCUAGUAUUAAUAAAGAAGAUGGUUGCCACCCUCCACUUGUUAUGAGAUUGGGCGAGAGAGACAGCUUUGAAUUGAAUGGAUUUCCUGAUGAAGUUGAGCACAUUGGAAAGAACUUUGCAUCCGUUGACGAGCUGAGACAUUAUGGCGAACUGGAUUCCAGCUUCGAUGAGAAAAAGAGACUAAGCCUUUUGGAACGAGCCUUAGAACACGAACAAGAAGCUCGAGCUGCUCUCUGCCUUGAGCUUGAGAAGGAAAGAAAUGCUGCCGCAUCUGCCGCAGAUGAGGCUAUGGCUAUGAUCUUACGUCUACAAGAGGAGAAGGCAUCUAUUGAAAUGGAUGCUCGGCAAUACCAGAGAUUAAUCGAAGAGAAAUCUGCUUACGAAGCAGAGGAGAUGAACAUUCUAACGGAGAUCCUGGUGCGGACAGAGAGGGAGAAACACUUUUUGGAGAAGGAACUUGAACUGUAUAGGCAGAUGUCUGAUCUUGGAAAUGAAGAAUCAACAGUUGAUAGUGGGAUUAUAGCGGAUGUUCUAAGACGUCCUGAUGCUUCAUCUGAUCCUAAUGAGGAUCCAGUUCUUAUGCUUCAUCAGAUUAGUGCAUCUUUUGAGGCAGAAAACAGGAAUUCCGUGGAGAUAAUUUCUGUUGAUAAUAAAAACUAUACUGCUUUGGGGGGAAAGGCACCAAUACAAAAACAGAAUAAAGAUGCCAGCUCCCAAAAGCAAGUUGGCCUAAGAGAGCAUUCUUAUAGCAGCCAAGAAUUUCAGGAGAAAGAGAUGGUGUUUAUGGUUAACAACUCUGAUGUAAACCAGAAGCUUCCUGAUCAUGCCAUUUCGCUGGGAGGAGAAGUGCUAAAAGAAAAUCCAGAUACAGAAACCUGUGAAAGAGCUUGUAUUAAUGUUUCUGGAAAAGACAAGUGUUUGAAGUAUCAUGAGACGGAUGGAUAUCAGGGAUUAAAAUGUCCAUGUAAUUUGACCUUGGAUAAAGAACCUCACGUUUAUGAUGUUCAUGUAAUUGUUGAUGGAUCCAACUUUUGCAACGAAGUCAAUAGUGGUGAAUCUACGAAUAGUGCAUUAGAAUUUUCUGGAAAAACUAGUGUCCCUACUGAAGCUUCUCCUGCACAGAGGAUUAAUGUAAUUAGAGAUCGUCCAAGUACUAACACGUUGUAUACACAAGUGGAUCUUAAAAGCAGUGCAGACACGUCUUAUGGGCUUCCACCAGUGGGGCCACGUGGUAAACCUUUGCUAUGUGAUUUGCGGCGAAAUCCCAUGUCCUCAGUAGACAAUGAAAGACUGAAAAUUGAAACUGAAGUGGGACGGCUUCGUGAGAGGUUAAAGAUUGUGCAAGAGGGAAGAGAGAAACUUGACUUGACUUCAGAGCAUAGAGAAAGAGAAAAGAUGCAGUUAAAGCUUCUGGAGGAUAUAGCAUGCCAACUUCAAGAGAUUCGGCAGCUUAAUGAACCUGAGAAGGCUGUACGACAGGCUUCCUUGCCCCUGCCGUCCUCUAAGGGCAUGUCAAAGAAAAGGCGUUCUCGAAGUGUUUCUGUAGGAAUGCAACAAAGCUCUUGAGGAGUUCAAAUGGUUCUGAGCUUGGAGUUCCUAAUACUGAGCCUCGAAUCUUCCAUCACAGUUGCUCUUAUCAGAGGAAGACAAUCCAAUUAAUACCCCAUAUUGUUUUUCUGAAGAGAUGUUGUGCAGUUAUUUGAGAACAAGUUUUGCUGGGCAAACGGCCUCUCUAAAGCAUGCAGCUGAUGGUAUUAAUGUGCAACCGCUGAGGACAAACUGGGAUUGAUCCUAUAUUGGAUAAUAUGAAAGAUUAUGAGUAAGAAGGCACAACAAUUGUUAUCUUUUCACUGCUGGUAACAACUUAUCACUCUGCUAUUUAUUGACCCCUAUCCAGUGUUCAGAUGUCAGGUCCCUGUUGUUGAACCUCUGCUGUUUCUUCCAUCUUUUGUGGAUCAUUAGAUAGUAAAGCACUGAAUGUUAGCUACUUGUACAAGAAGUUUCAUGUUUUCUUUCUAAUAAUAUAUUAGUGGACAUGUUGAAUAAGUACUUUACCUAA